CUCGCCGCCGUGCCGCGCGCGCCGGUCGGCCGCUGGGCGCUCCGCGCUCCCAGCCCGGAGUUGUGCAAUCCUUUGUAGCACGCCAGAGUCCUCCUCCUUCGCUGUUGCCUCUCACCCUCUCUCUCUCUCUCUCUCUCUUUUUUUUUUUUUCAAGCUGUGAGCUCAACCGAUGAGUCAGAGCAGUGCAAUCCUGACACUGCAUCGCAGGACUGGGGGUGACACGGAGGGAGGGAGAACGAUCGCGAGGCAGACACCGCGGGCGCGGGCUGCGCCGAGGCUCCUGCGCCGCAAGCGAGGGGUGACAGCCCGCGCGUCCCGCCCGGGCCCCGCCAGCAAACUUCCCAGCCUUGGGAGGCGCGGGCUGGCGGAAGCCCUGCGAGCGCGGCGGGGAGGCGGAGGCGCCUGUUUGUUUUUAAAAUCCGGGAGUGCGUGCAGGCGGCUGGAGCCUGGGAGGCGACCGAAGGCGGCGGCCCGCGGCGGAAGGGGGACGGCCGAUGCUGGAGCUCGGGCAGGAGCGGGGCUCCAGGGCCCUGUGGAACAUCAUGAACUGGGCAGAGUAGCUGAGGCCAAGAACCUCUCCGCCAAGAGCAAGGAAGAGCCAACCUGCUAUCUCCCCGUGCCUGGCCUCAUCCCCCUCCCUCUCUGCCCCCACUGGCUCCAAGACAAGAGCUGGGCUUCCAGCAGGACCUUCCCACAGGGCAUGGGCAACUGGUGAAGUAGGGCUCACUUCCAGGGCCCGGUUGGCCACACCAUGAACCUCCAGGCCCAGCCCAAGGCUCAGAACAAGCGGAAGCGUUGCCUCUUUGGGGACCAGGAACCAGCUCCCAAGGAGCAGCCCCCACCCCUGCAGGCCCCACAGCAGCACCCCGCCCCUCCACAGUCUACCAGAGUGAAGGAGGAGCCUUACUUCGGGCACGAGGGCCCGGCAGGGGCGGCCCCUGUCUCCCAGCCUGUGGAGCUGCCCCCUCCCAACAGCCUGGCCCUGCUUAACUCCGUGGUGUAUGGUCCCGAGCGGACCACGGCGGCCAUGCUGUCCCAGCAGGUGGGCUCCGUCAAGUGGCCCAACUCCGUGAUGGCUCCGGGGCGGGGCCCCGAGCGCGGCGGCGGCGGCGGGGGCGUCAGCGACAGCGGCUGGCAGCAGCAGCCGGGCCAGCCUCCGCCCCCCACGACGUGGAACCGCCACAGCCUGCCUCUCUACAGUGGACCCAAGGGGAGCCCCCACCCCGCCAUGGGGGUCUCUACGUACUACAGCCACCCCGAGGCGCUGAAGCGGGACAAAGGAGCGGGGCCGCAGCUGGACCGCUACGGAAAUGCGGUGCGGCCGAUGAUGCCGCAGAAGGUGCAGCUGGAGGUCGGGAGGCCCCAGGCUCCCCUGAACUCUUUCCAUGUGGCCAAGAAGCCCCCAAACCAGACAUUGCCCCUGCAACCCUUCCAGCUGGCGUUCGGCCACCAGGUGAACCGGCAGGUCUUCCGGCAGGGCCCACCGCCCCCCAACCCGGUGGCGGCUUUCCCGCCGCAGAAGCAGCAGCAGCAGCCGCCGGCGCCGCAGGCCGCCCUCCCGCAGAUGCCGCUCUUCGAGAACUUCUAUCCCAUGCAGCAGCCCCCCUCGCAGCAGCCCCAGGACUUUGGGCUGCAGCCGGCCGGGCCCCUGGGGCAGUCGCACCUGGCUCACCACAGCAUGGCGCCCUACCCCUUCCCCCACAACCCUGACAUGAACCCAGAACUGCGCAAGGCCCUCCUGCAGGAGUCAGCCCCACAGCCUGUGCUACCUCAGUCCCAGAUCGCCUUCCCCCGCCGCUCCCGCCGCCUCUCGAAGGAGGGCGUCCUGCCUUCCGCCCCCCUGGAUGUGGCUGGCACCCAGCCUGGACAGGAGCCCACCAGCAACCUGUUCCUGCAUCACUGGCCCCCACAGCAGCCGCCGCCUGGGCCCCUGGGGCAGCCGCAUCCUGAAGCUCUGGGAUUCCCGCUGGAGCUGAGGGAGUCGCAGUUGCUGUCCGACGGGGAGAGACUGGCACCCAACGGUCGGGAGCGGGAGGCUCCCGCCAUGGGCAGUGAGGAGGGCGUGCGGGCCGUGGGCACGGGGGACUGUGGGCAGGUGCUACGGGGUGGGGUGAUCCAGAGCACUCGACGGAGGCGCCGGGCGUCGCAGGAGGCCAAUUUGCUGACCUUGGCCCAGAAGGCAGUGGAGCUGGCCUCAAUGCAGAACGCAAAGGAUGCCAGUGGCUCUGAGGAGAAGCGGAAAAGUGUGUUGGCUUCAACUACCAAGUGUGGGGUGGAGUUUUCUGAGCCUGCCUUAGCUGCCAAGCGAGCACGAGAGGACAGCGGGAUGGUACCCCUCAUCAUCCCAGUAUCUGUGCCUGUGCGGACUAUGGACCCAACUGAGGCGGCCCAAGCUGGAGGUGUUGACGAGGACAGGAAGGGUCCUGAACAGAACCCCACUGAACACAAGCCGUCCGUCAUCGUCACCCGCAGGCGGUCUACCCGUAUCCCAGGGGCUGAUGCCCCAGCUCAGGCUGAGGACAUGAACGUCAAGCUGGAAGGGGACACUUCAGUGCGGAAACCAAAGCAGCGGCCACGGCCUGAGCCCCUGAUCAUCCCCACCAAGGCGGGCACCUUCAUUGCCCCUCCCGUCUACUCCAACAUCACCCCAUACCAGAGCCACCUGCGCUCCCCUGUCCGCCUCGCCGACCACCCCUCUGAGCGGAGCUUUGAGCUGCCCCCCUACACGCCUCCCCCCAUCCUCAGCCCUGUGCGGGAGGGCUCCGGCCUCUAUUUCAAUGCCAUCAUGUCAACCAGCAGCAUCCCAGCCCCUCCUCCCAUCACGCCAAAGAGUGCCCAUCGCACCCUGCUCCGGUCUAAUAGUGCUGAAGUCACCCCACCUGUCCUCUCUGUGAUGGGGGAGGCCACCCCAGUGAGCAUUGAGCCACGGAUCAAUGUGGGUUCCCGGUUCCAAGCGGAAAUCCCCUCGAUGAGGGAUCGCGCCCUGGCAGCCGCCGACCCCCACAAGGCUGACUUGGUGUGGCAGCCGUGGGAGAACCUCGAGAGCAGCCGGGAGAAGCAGAGGCAAGUGGAAGACCUGUUGACUGCCGCUUGUUCCAGUAUUUUCCCUGGGGCUGGCACCAACCAGGAGCUGGCACUGCAUUGUCUGCACGAGUCCAGGGGAGACAUCCUGGAAACGCUGAAUAAGCUGCUACUGAAGAAGCCCCUGCGGCCCCAUAACCACCCACUGGCGACGUAUCACUACACAGGCUCUGACCAGUGGAAGAUGGCAGAGAGGAAGCUGUUCAACAAGGGCAUUGCUAUCUACAAGAAGGACUUCUUCCUGGUGCAGAAGCUGAUUCAGACCAAGACGGUGGCCCAGUGCGUGGAGUUCUAUUACACCUACAAGAAGCAGGUGAAAAUUGGCCGCAAUGGGACGCUGACCUUCGGGGAUGUGGAUAUAAGUGAUGAGAAGUCGGCCCAGGAAGAGGUUGAAGUGGAUAUUAAGACUUCCCAGAAGUUCCCUAGGGUGCCUCCUCCCAGAAGAGAGUCUCCAAGUGAAGAGAGGCUGGAGCCCAAGAGGGAAGUAAAGGAGACCAGGAAGGAGGGGGAGGAGGAAGUGCCAGAGAUCCCGGAGAAGGGAGAGCAGGAAGAGGGGCGAGAGAGAAGCCGGAGGGCGGCGGCUGUCAAAGCCACACAGACACUACAGGCCAAUGAGUCGGCCAAUGACGUCCUCAUCCUCCGGAGCCAUGAAUCCAAUGCCCCUGGGUCUGCUGGUGGCCAGGCCUCAGAGAAGCCAAGGGAGGGCGCUGGGAAGUCACGGAGGGCACUACCUUUUUCAGAGAAGAAGAAAAAACCGGAGACAUUUAACAAGACCCAAAAUCAGGAGAACACUUUCCCUUGUAAAAAAUGUGGCAGGGUGUUCUACAAGGUGAAGAGCCGCAGCGCCCACAUGAAGAGCCACGCCGAGCAGGAGAAGAAGGCGGCCGCGCUGAGGCAGAAGGAGAAGGAAGCGGCGGCUGCUGCGGCCACCGCAGCCGCCAACUCUCCCCACCAGCCGGCCCUGCGCGAGGAGAGCGGCGCGGGGGAGCGGGGCUGACGGGCCCGGGGUGGGGGUGCCCGGCGGAGACGGCGCC